AUGGCUUUUUUCAGUAACAAUCCUGUUAUAGAGUUCUUUCAUAGACUUGCAACCAAACCCAGUACUGUCAUGAUGUGGCUUUUCACAGGUUUGAUUUUAAGCAGUACAUUGUAUAUGUUGCUGCUGCCUGUAAACUACGAUGGAGACGAUCUUUUAAACGAGGAAGAAAGGAAAAGGAAAGGAAAGGAUAAAUAA